UAUUAUAGCACUUCGGUGAUGAUGGCGGUCAAGGAAAAAAUUUAUGUAACAUUACCGAGUAACAAAAGACUAUGAAAUUUAAUUUUACAGCUAUUUCAAAAUUUCAUAAUAUUACCAACGCCAACUAUAGUGUAUGUUGUUCAAUAUCUGAAAAAGGAAGGGUCACGAAAGUUAGAUAAAUGCUCACUUAUUCCUUUCUUUGCCCACUUGCUAUUAUUAUUAUUGCACAUAACCUAAUAUUGCUUUUUGAACUUUGCUAAAAAAAACCCCCAAAAAAACUCAUACUAACGUAAAAUAUUCUUUAUUCAAGAUACUAAACACUCUUACGUGUAUUUAUAUAUAUAUAGUUAUAAUUUUCUUUCAAUAUACAUAUGUGUCAGUUGAUUUACUAAGACACAUAUAUGAAUGUAUUUUAAUAUCUAAACACACCAGUUGUAACCUUAUACACAAAUCCACAUAUAUUGGGUAUUUGUGUAUAGACAGUAUUGAAAUGGAACAGAAUUCGGCCAAGUCCGGUACCAGCAAACACACAUUUAACACUACAAUUUCAACAAAUGCAUCUGCAACACUAGCAGCUUUGGUUUCAACACCAAUCAAAGCAAGUGAGAACAGCACUACCUGUGAUAAAAGUAAGAGUAAUAAAACUGAACACAGUACUUUAGCUUGUUCUAGUGUUAAUACUGGUAACGAUAGCGAUACUGGUGGUUUUCAUACUGAAAUGGAAGGAACUAGGAGAAACGGUAACAGAAAAAAGUGCAACAGAGAAGCAGUGGUGCAAUCAUCUGUGACCAAUUCUACUGCUACACAGACUACUUCGUGUGCGUCUUCGAGUCACACAUGUACUUACCCAGUUGUCACAAACAAUAUUACGUCCACUACAGUUAUUUCUGGGGCGACUUCGACGACGACCUGCAAAAAAAGCAGCACAGCCAUUUCAGGAGUUCCCGGGAAUAGCAACAUAAGCAACCACCUCCUUAGUAAUUGCAGUGAUAACAACGGCAGUGAUAUCCCAUCUGUGAAAUCACAAAAAACAAUGAAGAGUACCCCCAUCUUACGACUUGGGGGCUCUGCGACAGUAGCAAGGACUAAACGGACAUCUCCAUCAUCACCGCCUUUCCCAUCUUCUGUUGUUGUCGGUGGUGGUGGACACAGUACACAUUCGACUCCUAUCUUCGGACCUGCUGACAUAUCAACCAGCGAUGAUGAUGAAAUAUCAGAGGUGGAAUCCUUUUUCUUGGGUCAGGAAAUAGAAGACACAGAAGCCCCCAUGCUGGAGGCUGCGAAGUUCCUAUUACCAGCAGAAAAUAUCGAAGGAGCAAACUUGCAGACUGUUGAUCCCGAAACACAUGCUCGCCUUGAAGCCCUCCUAGAAGUUGCAGGAAUUGGGAAACUGUCCACUUCUGAUGGAAAAGUUCUAACUGACCCUGAUGUUUUAAAAAAGCUGACUUCUUCUGUUAGUUGUGCACUUGAUGAAGCAGCGGCUGCACUUCAUAGAAUGAAAGCUGAACAGCCAGGCGAGUCGACAAGUGAAGAAGGCUCUCGAUCUUUAGCGGAAGCAUGCAGUGAUGGCGAUGUGUCUGCAGUAAGAAAGAUGUUACAAGAAGGUAGCAGUGUUCAUGAGACGACGGAAGAGGGGGAGAGUUUGUUAUCCCUUGCAUGCUCAGCAGGCUACUAUGAACUGGCUCAGGUUUUGUUGGUUAUGAAAGCAAAUGUUGAAGACAGAGGCAUCAAGGGUGACUGUACUCCAUUAAUGGAAGCUUCUAGUGGAGGUUUUGUCGACAUUGCCAAACUAUUAAUUACUCAUGGAGCUGAUGUGAAUGCACAAUCUUCAGCUGGUAAUACACCUCUUCACUAUGCUGCCUGUGGUGGAUUUGAGGAUGUUGUGAUGGUUUUAAUUGAAUAUGGUGCCAAUGUUGAAGUUCACAAUGAAAAUGGUCACACACCUUUAAUGGAAGCAGCUAGCGCAGGUCAUGUGGGAGUAGCAAAGAUAUUAUUAGAUGCCGGUGCCGGAAUCAAUACCCAUUCCAAUGAAUUUAAAGAAAGUGCCCUCACACUUGCUUGCUACAAAGGACAUUUAGAAAUGGUUCGAUUUUUAUUAGAAGCUGGAGCUGAUCAAGAACAUAAAACAGAUGAAAUGCAUACAGCUCUGAUGGAAGCUUCGAUGGAUGGUCAUGUCGAAGUAGCUAAACUACUUUUGGAUAGUGGAGCUCAGGUUAAUAUGCCUGCUGAUAGUUUUGAAUCACCUUUAACAUUAGCUGCAUGUGGUGGGCAUGUGGAAUUAGCAAACUUGUUAAUUGAAAGAGGUGCAAAUUUGGAAGAAGUUAAUGAUGAAGGUUAUACACCACUAAUGGAAGCUGCACGAGAGGGCCAUGAAGAAAUGGUAGCACUUUUACUUGCUCAUGGUGCUGACAUCAAUGCCCAAACUGAAGAAACACAAGAGACAGCUUUAACUCUGGCCUGUUGUGGUGGAUUUCUUGAGGUGGCUGACUUUCUUAUCAAAGCUGGUGCUGACAUAGAACUUGGAUGUAGCACUCCUCUUAUGGAGGCAGCUCAAGAAGGGCAUCUGGAUUUAGUUAGUUAUCUUUUAAGUAAUGAUGCAAAUGUUCAUGCUCAGACUGCAACAGGCGAUACAGCACUGACGUAUGCUUGUGAGAAUGGACACACGGAUGUUGCAGAGAUCCUCCUUCGUGCUAAUGCAAAACUGGAACAUGAAUCUGAAGGAGGAAGAACACCUUUAAUGAAAGCUGCCAGGGCAGGACAUCAAUGCACUGUCCAAUUUUUAAUAAAUAAAGGGGCCAAUGUUAACCGUCAGACCUCAACAAAUGAUCACACAGUGCUUUCUUUAGCCUGUGCGGGAGGCCACCUUGAAGUUGUUGAACUGUUAUUAAAUAGCGGUGCUAACCUCACACACAGGUUGAAGGAUGGCUCGACCAUGAUAAUAGAAGCUGCCAAAGGAGGCCACACUGCAGUAGUAAGCCUGCUAUUGGAGUUUCCAAAUAGGUUUAUGCAUUCUGCUCCUGAAUACUCUCAACCAACUCAUCAAGAUGUCAAUCUUAACACUGAGCAUAGAGUCCCUGUACAUGGCUUGGGAAAUAUUGUUCCUCCAAAUGAUCCAGAUUCCGGUGCAAUGAAUGCUAAUGGUUAUGUUCCAAGUUUACCAGAAUGUGAAGUUCCAGGUUCCAGUGCUUCUUUGGAGUUGUCCCAACCUCGACAAACUAUACAGAGAAUGUCUGUGCAGCAACAACAACAGCAGCAACUCCAGCUUCAUAUGAUGCCCCAAGAGCAAAUUCUCCAGCUUUUUUCACAGAGCACACUGCCACAGCCGCAACCCCCUCCACCACCCCAGCAGCAGGCUCCACCACAACAACAGCAACUACAACUUCCUCCGCAGCAGAUCCAUCCUCCUGCCCAGCAGGUAUCUUCUCCUCCUCCUCCCCCUCCUGUACAGCCACAGUCACAACAAGUUUUAGCUUCAUCUAUCCAGCAGGGUGGUGCUCCCACAGUUGCAAUGGCAACAGGAGCAAGUGUCCAGUCUGUUGCCCAGCACCAUUAUCUAACCCAACAGCAGCAGCAUCAACUCUUGCAGCAACAACUCCUGCAACAACAGCAGGCCCACUUGAUACAACAACAACUGCAGGUUAGCCAACCUAAUAUGCCUAAGGUUAGGUGGAAACGCCAUAUACCAAACAACCAUCAAAAUUUACAGGCACCAAAUUCUGUAGGUUUGGACACAGUUCCAACUCCUUCAACUACUCCACAUACACCUACAGCUUCUCCAGCAUCUCCAGGUGUACCUCAUCUUCAACGUUAUCUUUCACAACAUAUAGAUCUGGAUGCACAGACUGAUAGUAACCAUGACACUGCGUUGACUUUAGCUUGUACUGCUGGCUAUUCUGACUUAGUCAGGUUGUUGUUGUCCAAGACAGCUGAUAUUGAGCACCGCGAUAAAAAAGGUUUUACCCCAUUGAUUUUGGCUGCAACAGCUGGCCAUGUAGAAGUUGUGGAAAUCCUUUUGGACCACAAUGCUGAGAUAGAAGCCCAAUCUGAACGAACCAAAGACACUCCAUUGUCUCUAGCAUGUUCUGGAGGAAAAUUUGAUGUGGUAGAAUUGUUGUUAUCUCGCGUGGCAAACAAAGAACAUCGCAAUGUUUCUGAUUAUACACCUUUAAGCUUAGCAGCAUCAGGGGGUUAUGUCAAUAUUAUAAAAUUAUUGCUUUCAAAUGGAGCAGAAAUCAAUUCACGAACUGGAAGCAAACUUGGCAUUUCUCCUCUCAUGUUAGCAGCUAUGAAUGGUCACUCUGCUGCUGUCAAAUUGCUUCUUGAUAUGGGUAGUGAUAUAAAUGCUCAGAUUGAGACAAAUAAAAACACAGCCUUGACACUGGCAUGUUUCCAGGGGCGUCAUGAAGUUGUAAGCCUUUUGGUAGAUCGAAAAGCAAACAUUGAGCACCGUGCUAAGACCGGUCUUACUCCAUUGAUGGAAGCCGCUUCUGGUGGUUAUGUUGAAGUUGGAAAAGUUUUGUUAGACAAGGGAGCUGAUGUGAAUGCAGCUCCUGUGCCAUCAUCAAGAGAUACAGCACUGACCAUUGCUGCUGACAAGGGACAUUAUAGAUUUGUUGAACUGCUGCUUUCCAGAAAUGCUGCUGUUGAUGUGAAAAACAAAAAAGGCAAUUCUCCUCUGUGGUUAGCGUGUAAUGGUGGCCACCUUGAUGUUGUACAGUUACUUGUAGGCCACAGAGCUGAUAUCGACAGUGAUGACAACCGUAAAGUAUCCUGUUUAGUUGCUGCUUUUCGGAAGGGGCACAUAAAAGUAGUGAAGUGGAUGGUGAAGUACGUCACGCAGUUCCCUCUUGACAAUGAGCUCCAACGGUAUAUAAGCACAGUAACAGAUCCAGAAUUAAACAAAAAAUGCAGGCAGUGUAUGGAUGCAAUCAUAAGUGCCAAAGAUCGGCAGGCGGCAGAAGCUAACAAGAAUGCUACCAUCCUUUUGGAAGAACUAGACAAAGAACGACAAUGGGAGGAAAACAAGAGGGCAGCAGCAGCAAAGCGGAGGGAACGCAAGAAAAAGAAGAAGAAAGAGAAGUUAGAAAAAGAAAGAGAAUCAAACAUUAAAAACAGUUCUCCUGUGCCCGAAACAAACAGUACACCUAAAGGGGAGGAAGAAGAAGAAGAGGAAGAUGUUUUAGUUCUAUUAGAACCACCUUCUGCAACUACUACUACUACAAUAGGCACUAUAAGUAACGGUGCAAUGAGUGAACCAAAGAUCAAGCGCUAUCGGAACCACCAAGCAAAGCUUAUUACAUGUCAAACUUCAAACUCAAGUCUAAAUCAUGAGUUGCGAAAGAAUAAGAAGGGCAAAAAUAAGGUGAAAGACAAACCACCGGAUAGCAGGCUCACAAAAUUGUCAAAUACCUCAACAGUUGCUAUUGGCUCCUCGGCCACUGCCAGUCAAACCACUUCAACGGUAACAAUGUCUGUUAGUAACAUGAAUGGGAACAAGGAGUCUGAGGUGAGAUCAACUAAUAGUGGAAGUGGUGGAGGAGGUAGUAGCAGUGGUGGUGGUGGCAAUGGUGGGAGCAGCAGCAGCAGUGGUGGUGGAAGUGGUAAUACUAACAAUAACAACAACAACAGUAACAGUAGCAAAAAGAAAAAGAGAGACCAUGUAAAUUCAAGUUCUUCAGGUAAAAAGUCAACCAUUGGAGAUCUUGAUGAUUUUGGGUCUUUGCUAGAAAUACCAUAUAAAGUUUAUGGUUCAGAAAUUGAUAAAUUAUUAACUAAAAGCUUGGAUAAAAAAUCAAUUGUGGAGUGUCAGGAACAUUUUGGACCUUUAUUAGAUAAAAAUACCAAUUCAAGUGAUCGAACUGUCAGUUUAAUGAAGGCUCACAAUGUAAACAUGAGUCCUAAAAGAGGUCAGAGAAAGGAAGAUGGUUGGAAAGAAGUCGUAAGGAAAUCUAAAAAAAUCAUAGUUUCUGCGAAUGCUAUCAGUCGAGUAAUAGGCCGAGGUGGUGCCAAUAUUAAUGCCAUAAGAGAUGCCUCAGGAGCGCAUAUAGAAGUUGAAAAACAGAAAGGCUCUGGUGACAGAUUGAUUACUAUCAAGGGAUCUGCUGAAGCAACCAGACAAGCUCAUUUAUUAAUAAAUGCCCUAGUUUCUGAUCCUGAUAAAGAAAUUGCUGAGAUAUUACCCAAAAAUAAACAAUCACGACAGAGCCAGCAACAACAGCAGCACACUCAGUCACAUCAGCAGUCAAAUCAUGUCCCAUUGCAGACUCAGUUAACAUCUGAAUGGACAAACUCCAGUGUGGCUUCAACUAGCAGUAAUAGUGAUAGUUGCAAUACUAACCAUGUCACUAACACUUCUAUUGCUAGCGGGACUUAUGUUUCCACAUGUCCUUCAUUGUCAAGCUACAGUUCGAAUAAUAAGGUUCAAAGGCCUGCUAUCUCCAAACAACAACCCCCUAAUUUGGUGACUUCCUCUGUUGGUAAUUCUGCACCACGACCAACAUUGGUACAAAGUUCUGGAAGUGGUGUUGUGCAGAGUCAAGUCUGGUCAAAUGCUCAGUCCACUUCAACCCUCAACUCACCUCAGCACAAUCCACAUCCUUCUCAGAAGUCUGCGUCGUUAAGUAAUGUCACUCAGCAGCAACAAUCCCAACCCCACCAUCAGGUACAGAUCCGGUCUCCGCCCACUACAGCUUCCGUUGCCACUUCAUCUGCUCCAGAGGCCAAAGUUGUUAGGCAGUUGUUCCCGAGUGAUAAGCGGACAACAACUGUGCCUACUGUGGUAACAACUACCCAUGCAACUGUCACCUAUAGCAGUGCUCCAUCAGGGAUAAAACUAAUAACUUCUACUGCUACCUCAGCUGUAAAGGUUGAAACCCAUUCCUCUAAUUCUUCUCCUCAAAUUAAGUCUACAAUCACACCUAGCACCAAAGUUAAUUACAGACCUCCUCCUCCCAACAUGAAGCCAUUAGAUAUACUUUGUGGUGGUGGUGGUGGUAGUAGUGGUGGCAGCAGUGGUGGUAGUAGUGGCGGUGGUGGUGGUGGUAUAGCCCCCAAUCCAGUUGGUCCGCCAACUGCUCCUUCAAUAGUAAAUACUAACUUAGUAAUGCGAACAGGUGGUGGUAAUGUUAUGCCUCAGUCUCAGCUUUCAUCUGAAGCAGCAUCCAUUCCUGUCACAUUACCAUGUGACUAUUCUCCUUUUAAUAACUUGUUUAGUCAUGUUGCUGAGCAGGUAAUGGGGAAAAAAGAUGACCACUGUGGAGAAAGAAUGAAUUUUGCCAGUGUUGCUGCCGGAGUGCAAAUGAAUUCUGGAUUGCCGUCCCAAGUUGGUCGAAGUUCCCCUAAACCAUUACCUGCAGAACCAAAGAUAGACGCUGCUUUGCAGGCUAAAGCUCCUGGCUAUAAACCUAAUGGACACAGGACAAAUUCCCCCCAGCACACUUUAGUAUCAGAUCUAGAACCAGUUAAAGUGCCCAAUUAUAAAAACCCUUUUGGACUGUCUUUACAUAAUUCAGAUGUUAUGUUAAAUUCAGUGGGUUGCUCAUUGUCACCCCGGUCAAAUAAUUCAGGUCAGCCUGGAUUGUCUCCAAGGACCAUAAGGGCAGGUGUAACUUUGGAAGCAGCACACCAACGGAUGCUACCUCCUGUUAUGUCUAGUCAGAAGGAGGAAUAUACCAUUCCUAACCAACCUAUGACUCUUCCAAAAAUAGAUAGCAUUUUAAAUCCUCUUGCACCUGAUUUCAAAAGUGUUUCCACACCUCAGGGGAAUUUGCCUGCACAGUUUCUUGGUCGUACAGGGGUUGGUAACUUGAAUUCUGGUAACAUUCAAACUGCAAUGUAUGCAACUCAUGCUUUAAAUGCUACUUUUGUAAACCCUAACUACAGCAGUAUGCACCCUCAGCCCAACUACCUCCCUGUAGCUCCUCCCCAUCCUCCACCUAUGCCAGAUAUGCAACCCAAUUAUAACAUACUCAGCCAAUUUAGUAACCAACCAACUACUAACAUGAUAAAUCCUAACCAACCAGUGCAGCGUCCAUAUUCACCAAUGCAUCCACAAGUGCGACCAAACAGUGCACCAUCUAUAGCACUACGUACAAAAGGCGUUCAAGGUCCAUCUUCUCCUUUGCCUCUGAGUACCACUCCUCCACCACAACCCUUAGAACAAGUAAAAAAUAUUAUGGAUGAACGUAAACUUUUGAAACCCAUUGGAGGAGAACGUAUGAUUAAAAAACCUCAAGGAAUCAACAUGGAUAAUGAUUUCAACCCAAUGAUAUGGGCGCUUAGUUCAGAAUUGAAUUCCGAGUGGCCUGCAAGUAGUUCUCCCAUCAUGGCUUCAGCUGCAAUGUCUACUCCAGUAAUGACCUCAUCUACUGGUUCUACUGGAAUAAUGACGCCUACUGUCACUGGACCGAAUGAUGGGAGAGUGCCAUCUCGUUUGGAGAGUGCAACUAUUCGAGGCAAUUUACUGGAUGGCAAGCGCCCAGAUCAAGUUGGACAGUCUUAUCAUGGCAAUCCGCAUAUGUUGAUGCACCGUUUUAGUAAUGGAAUUGCUACUUUCAACCCACCACCACCACAAAUACCCUUGUAUGCGGUGCCACCUUCAGCAAAAGACUUAUGGAACAUGAAGAUCCCUGUGACUGAUGUAAGCGAAAAGGGAAACUGGAACUCGUGGAAUCAGCCGAAUGCCAUGUGAUUAUUUUUUAGAGCUCUGAUUACAUUUUUGUCCCCAAAGACUGAGCAGAUGUGCCUGCAUACAGAGGAUCACCUACCUCCAUCAUUAAUGGCAGCAGUGAGAUGAUUACCAGGUCUACUAAGCUAUUGGUUAACUCAGCCUCUGAUAUCCCCAAUCUUUGGGGUUUUUUUCUUCUUCUUCUUUGCUCUCCUGAGGAGAGGAAAGAGCUAUGGGCAAUAACACUGGCAGCAGCAAGGAUGACAAUCUUUUCUCCCCAUGAUAACUGCUGUUACCAUGGCUUGUGCAAGUUGAAUGCCAACCUUGGGAACAUUUCAGGAAUGAUGUACGAAAAAAGAUUGAAUCUUUGUUUGACAUUUCUUUGUUAUUGUUCAGGCUUAGUAAAUGUGUAAAUCUGAUGACGCAACGACAAUGAUGAAGAUAAUAUAAUAGUGUACACAGUGUAUGAAUAAAAGGCUAUUACUCUAAUUGGGCAUGGAUUGUGUUCUUACUAAAGGUCACUAUUCUAGCUUGAUUUCUAUAUUACCCCUGAAUGCUUGCAAGUCAGUAUUUUUGCAGCUAAACAGCUUUUAGUCUUUCAAGAAAGUAAUUUUAAAUAAUAAAAAUAUUAACUUUGAGAAUCCA